AUGAUGGUUACCUACGCAUUAGCCGUGAUGAACAUUCAGCAGAAAAACCUUCACUUUAUCCUGGGUAAGAAAGAUUUACCAAAUUUUUAUUUUUAAGUGCACUUUUAACAAGCAGUUAUUUAAAGUAAACAAAGACAGCUAUGGAAGAAGCUCAACCAGGACAAAACUCAGGUUUCAGUCAUUGGUACUGGAGCUCAGAGAGACAAACUGGAUGCAAAACUCCUGACACUGUUUUUAAUCCAUGUAACCAAGGCGAGGGAAAAGUCUAGGUGUGAUAUUUGACCAAAAUCUCCAUUCUAAAACACACAUUAGAGAUUUUAAAAAGAAAGCUUUUUACCACCUGAAAAUGUUGCCAGUAAGGGACAGUUUCUCUCUCAAGUCAGUAAAGACACUUGUGCUUCUUGCAAAAUUGACUAUUGUAACGCUCUUUACAGCCUUAGCUGCUCCAAAACUCAGCCGACGAAGACCACAGAGAGCCCGCAUAACCAUUUGAAAGUCUCUGCAUUGGCUUUCAGUGUGUUUAAGAAUUGUUUUGAAGGUUCUUUCAUAGGUUUUUAAAGCUCUUAAGGGUCGCAUCAACUUAUUAAUCAGAUUUGCUUUUACCAUAUAAGCUUGUGAGAGCCCUCGGGUCUUCAGUUAGUGGUCCUUCAAAGGUGCCCAAGGUCAGAACAAAGGUAAUUUUUUUAUCAUAACGGCCCACAUCUGUGGGCACAGAUUCUCCUUAUUUAAAAAGCAAACUUAAGACCUACCUUUCUAUUACAGCUUUUCUUAACAAUCUUAUUUUCAUUUUCAUCCAUGAACAUAAUAAAAUUAUGCUUUAAAAAAAUUACAGAUUGAUGAAUAUUGAAACAAUCAAUCAAUCUGAUUUCCUGCACUUCUCAGUCCUAAAUGUCAUUUUCCUCUCUCCUCCAGUCUGCCUGUCCUUGACAUUUUCUUCAUGUGCAGCAGGUCAGUCCAUUUAAUUUUAUGUUUCAUUUUAAAUUCCUGACAAACAAAAAAAUAAAGGAAAUAACAGUUUCUGUACCAAAUGUACUUCCUCUAAAUUCUUGCUACAGUAAACGCUUUGAAAACAGAAAAAACUGAAUAACCCUGAUACGUUUCCAAGUGUGAAAAUCAAUCAUGACGUUAUCCUAAACUGUUAAAUAUCCCUAGGUAAUCGGAUCAGAUUGAGUGGUGUUGGGUCUACGCGGUGCUCUGGAAGGGUUGAAAUCUUUUCUGGCAGUAAAUGGGGAACAGUCUGUGAUGAUGACUGGGACAUGAAUGAUGCUCAGGUGGUCUGCAGGCAAUUGAGCUGUGGGACAGCUGUGAAUGCUCCUCAGAGUGCCCAUUUCGGUCAAGGAAGUGGACAAAUUUUCUUGGAUGAUGUGGCAUGUUCAGGAAGUGAAAGAUUUCUAAGUGAUUGCCGGCAUGCAGGAUUUGCGACCCAUAACUGUGGACAUGGUGAGGAUGCCGGUGUGGUCUGCUCAGGUAAGAACAUCAAUCUUAAUGUUAAAGGGAUAUUCCGAUGUAAAGUAAAGUUAUCAGACUAUCAGACUGAGACGCUAAGGCAGAAGAACUACCGCAUCUGCAAUGCAAAAUGAUUAAUAUGAUCAUCAUAACUUCAAUGAUUUUGUAAAGGAUUUUUACAAUGUGGAAUUAGGAUCACUUGAGAAAACCAUGGUCAGUGACCACAUUUUUUCUCCAAAUCUAUAAGUAGAUGUUUAAACUCUACCAUGCAAAGCCAAAGCCAGACAUCAACAACAUCUAGAAACAACUCUGGUUUCUCUGGGCCUGAGCUCAUCUGAGAUGGACUGAUGCAAAGUGGAAAAGUGUGCUGUGGUCUGAUGAGUCCACAUUUCUCAUAGUUUUUGGAAAUCAUGGACAUGGUGACGUCCAAGCAAAAGAGGAAAACCAUCCACACUGUUAUCGGUUUAAAGUUCAAAGCCUGUGUCUGUGAUGGUAUGUGGGUGUGUCAGUAUUCAUGGUCAUGGGUAUCUGUCACAUCUAUGAAGGCUCCAUUAAUGCUGAAAGGUCCAUACAGGUUUUAGAGCAACAUAUGCUGCCAUCCAAGCCACGUCUUUUUCAGGGACGUCCCCGUUUAUUUUAGAAAGACACUGCUAAGACACAUUCAACACAUAUUACAACAGUGUAACUUCAGAGUAAAAGAGCGUGGGUACAAAAUUCGAGGUGGAGCAUUAUGAUGCACAAAAUACUACAGCAGAGAUCCCGGACUGUUGAGCAACUGAAGUCCUACAUCAAACAAAAAUGGGGAAAAAUUUCACGUCCAAAGCUUUUAAGGAACAUGUCACAGGCAUCACAUUUAUAAUGAGUAAAUAUUUGCAAAAAAAGAAAAACACAUUUGUGUUCUGUUUUAAUUCAUGUUAAACACAAUAUCCUGACUUCAGUUGAAUUGCAGUUGAAAAGUAUGUUCAAAAGAGCAGUUUAUUUUUCUGCUGUAUACUUUGUUCAGGUGCUCAAAUCAGACUGGGAGGUCAAGGAUCUACUCCGUGCUCUGGAAGGGUGGAAAUCUUUUCUGGCAGUGAAUGGGGAACAGUCUGUGAUGACAGUUGGGACAUGAAUGAUGCUCAGGUCGUCUGCAGAGAACUGAACUGUGGGACAGCUGUAAAUGCUCCUCAGAGUGCCCAUUUUGGUCAAGGAAGUGGACAAAUAUUUCUGGAUGAGGUGGCAUGUUCAGGAAGUGAAAGCUUUCUGACUGAUUGUCAGCAUCGAGGAUUUGGGACACAUGACUGUGGACAUAAUGAGGAUGCUGGUGUGGUCUGCUCAGGUAAGAAUACCAAUCUUAAUGUUAUACAGCUUUUCUGUUUUUUCAUUGUCUGUGUAGCUUGUAAGAAGAGCUGUCAGAAUGCAAAAAAAAAAUUCAUUACAACCCUGAAGCAUACUUUGAAAAUGAAAAGAAUGCCUCUUAGUUACUAAUAAAGAGUGUGUUAACAAAUCUUAACUUCAUGCUUAUUUGUGGGAGGAGCUUAGGCUCAGUGGUUGAGUUGGUUAUUGGGAAAUUAGAAGUUUGGAGGUUUUCUCACGUAUGUGUGUUGUUCAAAUGCUAAGGUGUCCUUGAACAAGACAUCUAACUCAAAACUGACGUAAGUGCUGGGCCAGUAGUUUGUUUGAGGUUUCCUAGAUACUGAUAGGACUUUAAUGUCAUGUUUUAUUCCCAGGUGCUCCAAUCAGACUCAGUGGUCUUGAGCCUUCUCGGUGCUCUGGAAGGGUUGAAAUCUUUUCUGGCAGAGAAUGGGGAACAGUCUGUCAUGACAACUGGGACAUUAAGGAUGCUCAAGUGGUCUGCAGGCAACUGAACUGUGGGACAGCUUUGAAGGCUACUCUGGGUGCUAGUUUCGGUCAAGGAAGUGGACCAAUUUUUCUGGAUGAUGUGGCGUGUUCAGGAAGUGAAGGAGGCUUAAGUUUUUGUAGGCAUGCAGGAUUUGGGACCCAUAACUGUGGACAUAGUAAGGAUGCUGGUGUGGUCUGCUCAGGUAAGCCAUGUUUAUGAUUGCUUAUGUGAUUAUUGUCACUUAGAAACCAUAGAAAAAAAAAAAACAGAUGCUCAACAAAAGCUUGUCUAGGCUGUACUCUAUUUACAAAGACCCAACACAGCCUACCCUUGUGAGGUCAAACCAAGUUUAACAGUUGACCAGACUCAUAAUGACCCAAAACAGUCAACUGGUGGUGCUGCUGCAUUGGGUUCAAGGAGGGGAUAGAGGGACAGGCAGAAAGUAAAGAGAGGUGGAUGUGUGACAUUACAGCUUUUUUUUCCCAUAAACUAUUGUGCUUUGGUUUUAUAUUUACAGUGAGCCUCAAAAAACCCAACAUUUCUAUGAUUCCUGUUGGUGAGAUGUCCUGGGGUCAGGAGGUCAACAUCAUUUGUUCUAUCACAACUGAUCUGUUGGGUGGCGCAUUAAUUUUCAAGAAAACCUCAAGCUCUCUCAAAAUCACCCAAACAUCAAAUACUAACCCUUCAACCUUCAGCAUCACUUCAGUGGACUUUGAUGAUGAGGGGUCCUAUCAAUGCCAGUAUGAGAAAACCAUUUUAAGUCAAUCUUACAGCUCUGCCUUAAGUGACCCUGUCACAGUCUCCAUUACAGGUAAGGAUGAAAAAAUCAAAUCAGAUCAGCUACUUAAACUUGAUUUGAGUAUUUAAAUCAACAACCGUAAAGAUGCAAGCAGUGGUUCCAUCUAAAAAAUGGCCUCUAAAUAUCACUUUAUAUUUCUAUGUCUACACACUGUAGUUUAAUAUACAUUUAAAGAAAACAAGUGCAAUUUAAUAUUAUGUUUCAGUGACACUGCAGCAGCCAAACAUCUCCUUAACCUCUCCAAAUGGAGGGCUGAUCUGGAGUCCUGAAGGGGCAGAGGUCACCAGAGGUUACACCUUUGUCUUUGUCUGCUCCAUAAACUGCAGUUACCCUGAAGGACAGUUCUUUCUCAUGUCAUCCGGCUCCAACAUCACUCUCGCCAUGCCAGCAGUCAACCACUCGGCCUCCUUUGAAUUCCCUGUGGCAGAUUACCAACACAUAGGCAACUACAGCUGUGUGUAUGAGCUGGAACUGUCCACACAGAGAUUCAGUUCUACUGAGUCAGCUCUACUCCAGGUUAUGAUCACACGUAAGCAGACUGGACUACAGACAAAAACCCCUUAAAAAUUGCUGAAACUGUUUAUAGAGUUGAAAAAGGCAGAUAUGGCUGGAAUGGAACUAUAUUAUAUAAGGAAACUAAUUGCUUGUUUUUUCCCUUCAGCGUCUCUGGUACCAUUGGUGUCCUUGCUCACAGCUGGGACUUUGCUGUUGCUGUUCAUGGUGUUUGUGGUGGUCUGCAUAAUUCUCAAGAGGAGUCGACAAGCCAAGCAGCCUGAGACCCUGGACCAAACUCAAUGUACUUACCACAAUCAAGGUCCUUACACACCAAAGGCGAAGCGACUCGAAUUACCAACGUGACAAGGCGAUGUGUUUCGCCGGUGAAUUUUUUCCGCACACACCGGGAACAAUGCGAUUAUGCAAAUAAAAUCUGCUCGGUGAAUUAAGUUUGGCACUUCUAUAAUAUAUAUAUCUAUAAAACUCCAUACAAACGUUUACCAGACUUUGAAAAAGUUGCCCCAAGCUGGUUAGUUAGAUAGCUUAGCUUGAUAUUAUGCUAGCUACGCUACACAUCUAUGUUUCAGGAUUGAUAUAACAUCCAUAUACUCACCAGGUAAGUUGAGGUCUUCUUCUAUUUCCUGCCAUAUAUUUUCUUAGUGGAGAGUGUUGUGGAAUAUUUAAAGGGACUUGUCCCAUAAAGCAGGGCGCUCUUGCACAGUCAUGAUAAAGCAAUCAGUCAUGAUGAAUGAAUGCAGACUAGGGCUGAUGCUGCCAAUAGAGUUUGGAUGUGACGUUAUCGACAUACCAACAUUAUUUUGAUUGGUCAGAGGUCUGGACGUUUGCCUUUUCGCCUAAGCAAAAUUCGACAUGAGAGAGAAUAAAUAACAGUCGCUUUUUCACCUCGCAAAUUCGCUUCAAGUGUUUGAGGACCUCAACAGUGUAAAAUACACAGCUCCUCCUAAGAUCUUUCAUAAAUACUCACAGGUUGUCCUUAUACUUUUGUUUCAGUGGCUGUAAGAGCGAUGAACUGCUACAACGAUGAAGACGACUUGGAGUAUGAGAAUCUUGAUUUUGUCAAAACUACGAACUUCGAAGUGGAAACAAAAGGUGGAGACGAAGACUGUGAAUAUGACAUACCAGAGGGAUGUCGUGACCAAAGAUAUGAUAAUCUAAGAAUGGCCAAGGUCUGUUCCCGAGCAGCUGAAAACAAAAAAGAGGAACGAGAUGAAGAAGAAACCAGCGAUGAAGAAGAUGACUAUGAAAAUGACAAAGCACCAUUUACUGGGUCAGCUGCUGACAGUCAUGAAGACAACAUUUACCAGAACUUUACAGAUGCGCGCUUCUCAACUGCUGCUGGUCACACUUGAAGCGCUUAACCUUUGACCUAAGUUAAAUAAUUUCAUUAAGUGUAUGAGUGGUGAAAUAUUGAAGUGCCACCUGAUUGAAAUGAUACAGAAUGCUUUUAAGAGGAUCGGGUUUUGGUUGAUGGCAUGUCAGAUAAAAAAGCCUGAAAUUAUCUUUUUUUUUUAAAAGAAAUGCCUGUAAAAUUGUGCUUUGUUCUUUUGCUGCCUCAGGAAAAUCAAACAGAUUUUUAAUUAUGUACAUUUUUAAUGUAAUCCAAUGUGCAUGUAAAUAAAUCAUUCAGUCGACUGUUGUUAAUGAAAAUUUUAUUGAUUGAACGACCAAAAUCUGAAAUUUUUGCUUUCUAGAUAGCAGUGAAGCAUUGUAACUCAGGACAAGGCCAGUGACGCUAUUGCUGGUCAACACGCCUUUUUUUUUUAACAGAAGUGAAGGGGAGUACCGAGUCAGAUGUGUGAACUACAGCCCUUUUUGUCUCAAGAUGUGUGCUGAGCUGAACAUAACACUUUUUUCAAAGAAUAAGUUUCAGUUCAGCUUCGAUUACCAGAAAGCCCUAAGGCUGAGUUUUUUUUCACAGCACCAGCAACUUGAUGUUAAUUUCUUCCUGUUGUUACUUAGCUUGACCUCCGUUGAAUUUGUUUGUCAGCCCGGUUCUCCUUUGCUGCGCCUCGAAAGAUUCAAAAUCCUUAAAGUCUUUCAGAUCACCUUUUUUAAAUAUAUUAGACCAGGUUGCACACUGGCCUGUGAAAUAAGACAAGCAUGGUCAUUGAAAAAUCAGUGCAACCACCACUACCUGUGAGAAAUGUAUUGUAGGCUACAUCUUGACCUCACUGAGGUGGGAAGUUAUGUCAAAUGUGACCCUUUGUCUUAGGAAUGCUAUAAAGGCUUUUAAUAACGGCAGUUCUGACUAAUGAAUUAUAACAGUUUUUUCAGUCUCAUACUGAUGCCAAUAACAAGAGACCAGGUCAGCUGUUACAACAACAAAUGAGAAAAAAAAUGUAGACAGUACAAAAAGACUGUCAAGCUGAAUUAAUAAAAAAUGUAGAAAAACUUGAAUGAAACACCCAAUGUGAUCUUUGACACAAGGGAUGAUAUUUCAAAACAAAGGCUCAAAUAUUCUGUCUGUUUUAUGUCCCAUGUGAAGAAGAAAUGGGUAUGGGUUAAAAAGGUUAAGUCUUAGGCCGCUGACUUAUGCAAAGUACUUGUACUUUGAAGUUACAGGCAGAUUAAAGAGGAAGUAUUGUGCAUUUUGGUGAGUAUCAAGUCACUUCAUUCCAUUUCCCUCACUGACGAUGAUGGUUCCCUAUGCAUCAGCCAUGAUGAACAUUCAGCAGAAAAACCUUCACUUUAUCCUGGGUAAGAAAGAUUUACCAAUUUUUUAUUUUUAAGCGCACUUUUAACAAGCAGUUAUUUAAAGUAAACAAAGACAUCUAUAGAAGAAGGACAAAACUCAGGUUUCAGUCAUUGGUACUGGAGCUCAGAGAGACAAACUGGAUGCAAAACUCCAAACACUGUUUUUAAUCCAUGUAACCAAGAAGAGAGAACAAUCUAGGUGUGAUAUUUGACUAAAAUCUCCAUUAGAGAUGUCAAAAAGAAAGUUUUUAAUCACCUGAAAAUGUUGCCAGAGAGCGACAGUUUCUCUCUAAAGUCAGUGAAGACACUUGUGCUUCUUGCAAAAUUGACUAUUGUAAUGCUCUUUUUUUUGGUCUCCCUAAAUAAAAUGUCAUAGGAGUAUUUAUAGAUUUGAAAAAAGCCUUUGAUACCAUUAAUCAUGAAAUAUUGUUUAACAAAAUCGAAAGGUACGGAAUAAGGGGAGUUGGAUUAAACUGGUUGAAAAGUUACAUGCAUGAAAGGCAGCAGUUUGUACAGAUGGGUGACUAUAAAUCAUCAUUGGCUGACAUUACUUGUGGUGUUCCACAGGGGUCAGUAUUAGGCCCAAUAUUGUUUAUUCUACACAUCAAUGACAUCUGUAGUGGGUCAAAUGUGUUGAAAUUUGUUUUAUUUGCGGAUGAUACAAAUGUAUUAUGUUCAGGGGAAAAUCUCCAGCAGCUUUUGGAGGUCACCACCACAGAAAUGAGUAAAUUAAAACAUUGGUUUGAUAUAAACAAAUUAUUGAAUUUGAAUAAAACCAAGCUCAUGUUAUUUGGGAACCGUAAAACAGACACACCAGUACAAAUGAUGAUAGAUAAUGUUGACAUUAAAAGAGUAUAUGAAAAUAAAUUUCUGGGUGUAAUACUGAACCACAGAAUCUGCUAGAAACCCCAUAUAAACUAUGUAAGAACAAAGUUUGCACGGAGCAUCGCAGUUCUGGGAAAAGCAAAACACAUUUUGGACCAUAAAGCACUUCAUAUAUUAUCUUACUCACUUGUACUGCCAUAUAUCAACUACUGUCUAGAAAUUUGGGGUAACACUUAUAAAAGUAAUCUAAAACCAUUAUGUUGAUUCCAAAAAAAAGAGCCAUUAGUAUUACAGUACAACUCAGGACAAGUACAACUCAGGACAGUACAAAAAUAUACUGUUUUUACAAUCACGUCAUGAAACUGAUGGACCUUGUUGAAUACAAAACUACACUGAUUAUGUUCAGAGCAAGACAUGGGCUUUUGCCAGGUAACAUACAAAAGAUGUUCAGUGAUAAAGAGGGGGGUUACAAUUUGAGACGAGAGCUUAAUUUCAAGGUACAUUUUGCUGGUUCAACAUUGAAAACGAUGUGCAUUUCAGUUUGUGGAGUGAGUUUGUGGAAUGGACUGAGCAUGGAGGUUCAGCAAAAUCCAAACCUGAAUAAUUUCAAGAAGGUAUAUAAAAAUAUUAUUUUCAAGAGGUAUUCGGAUGAGGAGGGUCUGUGUUGACCUAUUGAGUCAACACAGACCUGUUUUCAGCUUUAAAUGGGUUGGUCUUAAUAAUUUUAUCCCUGAUACUCCUGAUACUACUGCAGUCAUUUAAGCUAUUGUAUAUGCAGUAAAGAUGUGUGUGUUGGCAAAAGGAGGUAGGUAUAAUUUAUAUACCUCCCAGUCUGAUUUGAGCACCUGGUAAUUUAACAUAAUGGUAAACUCCUAUUAUUAUUUAGGAAACCUCAAUCAAACCACUGGCUAAGCUCUCAGUACAGUUCGGGUUAGAUGUCAAGUUCAAGGAAACUGUAGCAUCUGAACAAUAAACAUGCAUGAAAAAUACCAACAAACCAAUAACUUUCCGAUAACAAACUCUGCCACUGAGCCUAAGCUGCCCCACACACAAAAUUUGUUAAUACACCUUUUUAUUAGUAUUUAAGAGGCAAGCUUUUCCUUUUAUUUUCGAAGCAUCCAACAGGUAUUCGGAUGAGGAGGGUCUGUGUUGACCUAUUGAGUCAACACAGACCUGUUUUCAGCUUUAAAUGGGUUGGUCUUAAUAAUUUUAUCCCUGAUACUCCUGAUACUACUGCAGUCAUUUAAGCUAUUGUAUAUGCAGUAAAGAUGUGUGUGUUGGCAAAAGGGGGGUAGGAGCUCAAUAAGUUUUAAACUUCAUCCUACUCCUUUUCGGACAUUGUUGUUGGUUUUCUUUUUCUUCCUGAUUUGUAUUUUACUGUCUUAUCUGUUUAAAUAAUGUUCCAAAUAAAUAAAUAAAUUAUAAAAAAUAAAUAAAUAAAUAGAAAACUUCACAGCCGCAGCUGCUCCAAAACUCAACUGACGAAGACAACAGAGAGCCCACAUAACAGUGUGUUUUAGAAUUGUUUUGAAGGUUCCUUCAUUGGUUUUUAAAGCUCUUAAGGGUCGCACCAACUUAUUAAUCAGAUUUGCUUUUACCGUAUAAGCUUGUGAGAGCCCUCGGGUCUUUAGUUAGUGGUCCUUCAAAGGUGCCCAAAGUCAGAACAAAGGCCCACGGUGAGGCAACUUUUAUUGUUACGGCCCACAUCUGUGGGCACAGAUUUUCCAUAUUUAAAAAGCAAACUUAAGACCUACCUUUCUAUUUUAUUUUUUUUUUAAACACUCUUUUUUUCAUUUUCAUCCAUGAACGUAAUAAAAUUAUACCUCAAAAAAAUUACAGAUUGAUGAAUAUUCAAACAUCAAUCAAUCAGACUGAUUGACGAAAACAGGACAAUUUCUUUCCUGCACUUCUCAGUCCUAAAUGUCAUUUUCCUCUCUCCUCCAGUCUGCCUGUCCUUGACCUUUUCUUCAUGUGCAGCAGGUCAGUCCAUUUAAUUUUAUGUUUCAUUUUAAAUUCCUGACAAACAAAAAAAUAAAGGAAAUACCAGUUCAUUUGUAGUUUCAGUUGUACUUCCUCUAAAUUCUUGCUACAGUAAACGCUUUGAAAACAGAAAAAACUGAAUAACCCUGAUACGUUUCCAAGUGUGAAAAUCAAUCAUGACGUUAUCCUAAACUGUUAAAUAUUCCUAGGUAAUCAGAUCAGACUGAGUGGUCUUGGGUCUACUCGGUGCUCUGGAAGGGUUGAAAUCUUUUCUGGCAGUGAAUGGGGAACAGUCUGUGAUGAUGGCUGGGACAUGAAUGAUGCUCAAGUGGUCUGCAGGCAACUGAGCUGUGGGACAGCUGUGAAUGCUCCUCAGAGUGCCCAUUUUGGUGAAGGAAGUGGACCAAUUUUCUUGGAUGAUGUGGCAUGUUCAGGAAGUGAAAGAUUUCUAAGUGAUUGCCGGCAUGCAGGAUUUGGGACCCAUAACUGUGGACAUGGUGAGGAUGCCGGUGUGGUCUGUUCAGGUAAGAAUACAAUCUUGAUAUUAAAGGGAUAUUCCGAUGUAAAGUAAAGUUAGGGUCAAACACACCGUAACACUGAGUUCCUUUGUGGAAAUGCAAUCAGACUGAGACGCUAAGGCAGAAGAACUACUGCAUCUGCAAUGCAAAAUGAUUAAUAUGAUCAUCAUAACUUCAAGAAAAUUAUGAAGUAAUGAUCAUAAAUGUUCUUCCUUGAGCUGCGUAAACCUGCUGCACUCAGUGAUGGAUUCAUCAGAGGUCUCCCUACAAAGAUGUGGCUGCUUGAGGAGAGUGGGUGAGUUGUGUUUAGUCCCUUUUUUGCCUAAAUUAGGCAAAGUUAAAAAGAUUUUUGGUGGCUAGUACUCUGGCUGGGACUCUAUAUGUACUGUUGAUAAAGUUAGGUGCUGUUCUGAGCAUUAUUUGUGGCUAUAGAGUGGCGUUUUGGUUGAGGAUUGCGCAUGGGGACGUAGACUGCUGUGUAUUGCUAUCGCGCGGUCGUUACGACAGUUGGUAUAACUAGAGAAGCAACCUGUCGGUAACAUUCAUCUCUUGACGGGGUGUCUAACUCGGUGUUGCAAUGUGUUUGACCCUAAAUUAAUUUUCCACUGGAAUAUCCCUUUAAUCAGCUGUUCCAUUUUGUUAAUGUCUGUGUAACUUGUAGGAUCUGUCAAGAUGUAAAUAUGUCCACUAUUCAGUAAAAUCCACAGACAAACAAACACGCACUCUGAAAAAUACUUACGUACAUCUCUAACCUUAAUUCCAGUUAGGUUGAAAUGUUGUGUAACACAUUAAAGAAUACAGAAUUCAAUGACUUAAAAAUUCUUUCCACCUAUAUUCAAUUAAAUACAGAGGCAAGAUAUCUAACAUUUAAGCUGAUGAACUUUAUUGUGUUGAUUGCAAAUUUUAACUCAUUUUGAAGUUGGUGCCUGCAACAUCUUCCGAAAAAGCUGGAAAAUGAGCAACAAAAAACUGAAAAUUAAGGACUGCUCCAAAAACACCUGUUUGGAUCACUCCUCAGUAAACAGCUUCAUUGGAAAACAAGUGAGUGUCGUGACAGGGUAAAAAGAAGCACCUUCAACUGGUUUGCCGCUUUGUGAACAACUGCGUGAGCUAAUAGUCCAACAGUUUAAGAACAAUGUUUCACAACAUACAAUUCUGAGAAUUCACUGAAACAUAUCAUUCAGAGAAUCCACAGAAAUCUCUGCAUGUAAACAGCAAGGCCCAAAACCAACAUUGAAUGCCUGUGACCUUUGACCCCUCAGGUAACACUGCAUUAAAAACUUGCAUCAUUCUGUAAAGGAUUUUACAACAUGGGAUCAGGACCACUUCAGAAAAACAUGGUCAGUGACCACAUUUUGUCUCCAAAUCUAUAAGUAGAUGUUUAAACUCUACCAUGCAAAGCAGAAGCCAGACAUCAACAACAUCUAGAAACAACUCUGGUUUCUCUGGGCCUGAGAAAUUAGUGAAUUUUUGUGAAAAAACAAAACAAAACAAAACACAAAGUUUAUCAGUUUGACCACUCGCUAUCUUGUCUCUGUGAUUUAUUUAAUUGAAUAUAAAUUAGAAAUUUUUUUUAGAUAAUUGUAUUCUGUUUUAAUAUAUGUGAAAAACAAUAUCCUGACUUCAGUUAAAUUGGAUUUGUACAAAAGCAUAGCAAUUUAUUUUUCUGCUAUAUACCUUGUCCAGGUACUCGUAUCAAACUAGGGGGACUUGGGUCUACUCCGUGCUCUGGAAGGGUGGAAAUCUUUUCUGGCAGUGAAUGGGGAACGGUCUGUGAUGACAACUGGGACAUGAAUGAUGCUAAGGUGGUCUGCAGGCAACUGAACUGUGGGACAGCUGUGACUGCUCCUCCGAGUGCCCAUUUUGGUGAAGGAAGUGGACCAAUUUUUUUGGAUGAUGUGGCAUGUUCAGGAAGUGAAAGCUUUCUGACUGAUUGUCAGCAUCAAGGAUUUGGGACACAUAACUGUGGACAUGGUGAGGAUGCUGGUGUGGUCUGCUCAGGUAAGAAUACUAAUCUUAAUGUUUAUCAGCUGCUCCAUUUUUUCAUUGUCUGUGUAACUUGUAAGAAGAGCUGUCAGGGUGCAAAAAAAUGUCAUUAGAACCCUGUAGCAUACUUCGAAAAUAAAAGGAAAAGCUUGCCUCUUAAAUACUAAUAAAAAGGUGUAUUAACAAAUUUUGUGUGUGGGGCAGCUUAGGCUCAGUGGCAGAGUUUGUUAUCGGAAAAUUAUUGGUUUGUUGGUAUUUUUCAUGCAUGUUUAUUGUUCAGAUGCUACAGUUUCCUUGAACUUGACAUCUAACCCGAACUGUACUGAGAGCUUAGCCAGUGGUUUGAUUGAGGUUUCCUAAAUAAUAAUAGGAGUUUACCAUUAUGUUAAAUUACCAGGUGCUCAAAUCAGACUGGGAGGCCAAGGGUCUACUCCAUGCUCUGGAAGGGUUGAAAUCUUUUCUGGCAGUGAAUGGGGAACAGUCUGUCAUGACAAUUGGGACAUGAAUGAUGCUCAGGUGGUCUGCAGGCAACUGAACUGUGGGACAGCUGUGAAUGCUCCUCGGAGUGCCCAUUUUGGACAGGGAAGUGGACCAAUUUUUCUGGAUGAUGUGGCAUGUUCAGGAAGUGAAGGAAGACUAAGUUUUUGUCGACAUGCAGGAUUUGGAACACAUAACUGUGGACAUAGUAAGGAUGCUGGUGUGGUCUGCUCAGGUAAGAAUUCCAAUCUUGAUGUCAAUCAGCGUUUUUGUUUUUUCAUUGUCUGUGUAACUUGUAAAAAGACCUGUCAGGAUGCAAAAUAAAUGUCACAGCAACCCUGUAGCAUGCUUUGUUAAUUAAAAUGUGAGCUUGCCUUUUAGAUAUUGUUAAAGAGUGUGUGAACAUAUCAUAACCUUAAGCUUGUUUAUGUGUGGGGGCAGCUUAUGCUCAGUGGUAGAUUUGGUUAUUGGAAAAUUAGAAGUUUGGAGGUUUCCUCAUGCAUGUUUGAUGUUCAAAUGCUACAGAUCCUUGAAGUAGACAUCGAACCCCGAGCUGUCCUAAGAGCUUAGCCAGUGGUUCGUUUGAGGCUUCCUAAAUACUGAUGGGUCCUUCAUAAUAUGUCAAAUUACCAGGUGCUCCAAUCAGACUGGGAGGCCAAGGGUCUACUCCAUGCUCUGGAAGGGUGGAAAUCUUUUCUGGCAGUGAAUGGGGAACGGUCUGUGAUGACAAUUGGGACAUGAAUGAUGCUCAGGUGGUCUGCAGGCAACUGAGCUGUGGGACAGCUGUGAAUGCUCCUCGGAGUGCCCAUUUCGGACAGGGAAGUGGACCAAUUUUUCUGGAUGAUGUGGCAUGUUCAGGAAGUGAAGGAGGCUUGAGUUUUUGCCGGCAUGCAGUAUUUGGUACACAUAACUGUGGACAUAGUAAGGAUGCUGGUGUGGUCUGCUCAGGUAAGAAUUCCAAUCUUGUCAUUCAUCAGUGGCCCUGUUUUUUCAUUUUCUGUGAAACUUGUAAGAAGAGCUGUCAGGGUGCAAAAAAAAAUAUCACAGCAACCCUGUAGCAUGCUUUGUUAAUUAAAACGUUAGCUUGCCUUUUAGAUAUUGUUAAAGAGUGUGUUAACAUAUAACUUAAUGUUUGUUUGUGUGUGGGGCAGCUUAGGCUCAGCGGUAGAGUUGGUUAUUGGAAAAUUAGAAGUUUGGAGGUUUCCUCAUGUAUGUUUGUUGUUCAAAUGCUACAGAUCCUUGAACUAGACAUCUAACCCCAAACCGUCUCGAGAGCUAAGCCAAUGUGGUUUGUUUGAGGUUUCCUAAAUACUGAUGGGUCCUUCAUAUUAUGUCAAAUUACCAGGUGCUCCAAUCAGACUGGGAGGCCAAGGGUCUACUCCAUGCUCUGGAAGGGUGGAAAUCUUUUCUGGCAGUGAAUGGGGAACAGUCUGUGAUGACAACUGGGACAUGAAUGAUGCUCAGGUGGUCUGCAGGCAACUGAAUUGUGGGACAGCUGUGAAUGCUCCUCGGAGUGCCCAUUUUGGACAAGGAAGUGGACCAAUUUUUCUGGAUGAUGUGGCAUGUUCAGGAAGUGAAGGAGGCUUGAGUUUUUGCCGGCAUGCAGGAUUUGGUACACAUAACUGUGGACAUAGUAAGGAUGCUGGUGUGGUCUGCUCAGGUACGAAUACCAAUCUUAAUGUUAAUCAGUGUUUUUGUUUUUUCAUUGUCUGUGUAACUUGUAAGAAGACCUGUCAGGGUACAACAAAGGUCACCUCAACCCUGUAGCAUGCUUUAAAUGAAAAGAAAAGCUUGCCUCUUUGGUAGUGAUAAAGAGUUUGGUAACAUACCAUAACUUUUGCUUAUUUUGGGGGGCAGCUUAGGCUUAGUGGUAGAGUUGGUUAUUGGGAAAUAAGAAGUUUGGAGGUUUCCUCAUGCAUAUUUGUUGUUCAAAUGCUACUGAUCCUUGAACCAGACAUCUAACCCCAAACUGUCCUGAGUGCUGAGCAAGAGGUUUGUUUGAGGUUUCCUAAAUACUUAUGUGACUUUAAUAUUAUUUUAAAUUAUCAGGUGCUCAAAUCAGACUGGGAGGCCAAGGGUCUACUCCAUGCUCUGGAAGAGUUGAAAUCUUUUCUGGCAGUGAAUGGGGAACAGUCUGUCAUGACAACUGGGACAUGAAUGAUGCUAAGGUGGUCUGCAGGCAACUGAACUGUGGGACAGCUGUGAAUGCUCCUCAGAGUGCCCAUUUUGGACAAGGAAGUGGACAAAUAUUUUUGGAUGAUGUGGCAUGUUCAGGAAGUGAAGGGGGCUUGAGUUUUUGCCGGCAUGCAGGAUUUGGUACACAUAACUGUGGACAUAGUAAGGAUGCUGGUGUGGUCUGCUCAGGUAAGAAUACCAAUCUUAAUGUUAAUCAGCGUUUUUGUUUUUUCAUUGUCUGUGUAACUUGUAAGAAGACCUGUCAGGGUACAACAAAGGUCACCUCAACCCUGUAGCAUGCUUUAAAUGAAAAGAAAAGCUUGCCUCUUUGGUAGUGAUAAAGAGUUUGGUAACAUAUCAUAACUUUUGCUUAUUUUGGGGGGCAGCUUAGGCUUAGUGGUAGAGUUGGUUAUUGGGAAAUAAGAAGUUUGGAAGUUUCCUCAUGCAUAUUUGUUGUUCAAAUGCUACUGAUCCUUGAACUAGACAUCUAACCCCAAACCGUCUCGAGAGCUAAGCCAAUGUGGUUUGUUUGAGGUUUCCUAAAUACUGAUGGGUCCUUCAUAUUAUGUCAAAUUACCAGGUGCUCCAAUCAGACUGGGAGGCCAAGGGUCUACUCCAUGCUCUGGAAGGGUGGAAAUCUUUUCUGGCAGUGAAUGGGGAACAGUCUGUGAUGACAACUGGGACAUGAAUGAUGCUCAGGUGGUCUGCAGGCAACUGAACUGUGGGACAGCUGUGAAUGCUCCUCGGAGUGCCCAUUUUGGACAAGGAAGUGGACCAAUUUUUCUGGAUGAUGUGGCAUGUUCAGGAAGUGAAGGAGGCUUGAGUUUUUGCCGGCAUGCAGGAUUUGGUACACAUAACUGUGGACAUAGUAAGGAUGCUGGUGUGGUCUGCUCAGGUAAGAAUACCAAUCUUAAUGUUAAUCAGCGUUUUUGUUUUUUCAUUGUCUGUGUAACUUGUAAGAAGACCUGUCAGGGUACAACAAAGGUCACCUCAACCCUGUAGCAUGCUUUAAAUGAAAAGAAAAGCUUGCCUCUUUGGUAGUGAUAAAGAGUUUGGUAACAUAUCAUAACUUUUGCUUAUUUUGGGGGGCAGCUUAGGCUUAGUGGUAGAGUUGGUUAUUGGGAAAUAAGAAGUUUGGAAGUUUCCUCAUGCAUAUUUGUUGUUCAAAUGCUACUGAUCCUUGAACCAGACAUCUAACCCCAAACUGUCCUGAGUGCUGAGCAAGAGGUUUGUUUGAGGUUUCCUAAAUACUUAUGUGACUUUAAUAUUAUUUUAAAUUAUCAGGUGCUCAAAUCAGACUGGGAGGCCAAGGGUCUACUCCAUGCUCUGGAAGAGUUGAAAUCUUUUCUGGCAGUGAAUGGGGAACAGUCUGUCAUGACAACUGGGACAUGAAUGAUGCUAAGGUGGUCUGCAGGCAACUGAACUGUGGGACAGCUGUGAAUGCUCCUCAGAGUGCCCAUUUUGGACAAGGAAGUGGACAAAUAUUUUUGGAUGAUGUGGCAUGUUCAGGAAGUGAAGGAGGCUUGAGUUUUUGCCGGCAUGCAGGAUUUGGUACACAUAACUGUGGACAUAGUAAGGAUGCUGGUGUGGUCUGCUCAGGUAAGAAUACCAAUCUCUAUGUAAAUCAGCAUUUCUGUUUUUUUAUUGUCUGUGAAACUUAAAGAAGACUUGUCAGGGUACAACAAAGGUCACCGCAACCCUGGAGCAUGCUUUAAAUGAAAAAGAAAUCUCCCCUCUUUGGUAAUGAUGAAGAGUUUGUUAUCAUAUCAUUACUUAAUGCUUAUUUGUGGGGGCAGCUUAUGCUCAGUGGUAGAGUUGGUUAUUGGGAAAUUAGAAGUUUGGAGGUUUUCUCCUGUAUGUUUGUUGUUCAAAUGCUUCAGAUCCUUGAACUAGACAUCUAACCCUAAACCGUCUCGAGAGCUAAGCCAAUGUGGUUUGUUUGAGGCUUCCUAAAUACUGAUGGGUCCUUCUUAUUAUAUAAAAUUAUCAGGUGCUCCGAUCAGACUGGGAGGUCAAGGGUCUACUCCGUGCUCUGGAAGGGUUGAAAUCUUUUCUGGCAGUGAAUGGGGAACAGUCUGUCAUGACACCUGGGACAUGAAUGAUGCUCAGGUGGUCUGCAGGCAACUGAACUGUGGGACAGCUGUGAAUGCUCCUCGGAGUGCCCAUUUUGGACAAGGAAGUGGACCAAUUUUUCUGGAUGAUGUGGCAUGUUCAGGAAGUGAAGGAAGACUAAGUUUUUGUCGACAUGCAGGAUUUGGGACACAUAACUGUGGACAUACUAAGGAUGCUGGUGUGGUCUGCUCAGGUAAGAAUUCCAAUCUUGAUAUUCAUCAGUGGCCCCUUUUUUUCAUUGUCUGUGUAACUUGUAAGAAGAUUUGUCAGGGUACAACAAAGGUCACCGCAACCCUGGAGCGUGCUUUAAAUGAAAAGGAAAGCUCACCUCUUAGAUACUGAUAAAGAGUGUUCACAUAUCAUAACUUAAUGCCUAUUUGUUGGGGCAGCUUAGGCUUAGUGGUAGAGUUGGUUCUUGAGAAAUUAGAAGUUUGGAGGUUUCCUCAUGCAUGUUUGUUGUUCAUAUGCUACAGAUCCUUGAACCAGACAUCUAACCCCAAACUGUCCUGAGUGCUGAGCCAGAGGCUUGUUUGAGGUUCACUAAAUACUGAUAGGACUUUAAUAUUAUUUUAAAUUUUAAGGUGCUCCAAUUAGACUGGGAGGCCAAGGGUCUACCACAUGCUUUGGAAGAGUUGAAAUCUUUUCUGGCAGUGAAUGGGGAACUGUCUGUGAUGACAACUGGGACAUGAAUGAUGCUCAGGUGGUCUGUAGGCAACUGAACUGUGGGAAUGCUGUGAAUGCUCCUCGGAGUGCCCAUUUUGGAGAAGGAAGUGGACCAAUUUUUCUGGAUGAUGUGGCAUGUUCAGGAAGUGAAGGAGGCUUGAGUUUUUGUCGGCAUGCAGGAUUUGGUACACAUAACUGUGGACAUAGUAAGGAUGCUGGUGUGGUCUGCUCAGGUAAGAAUACCAAUCUUAAUGUCAAUCAGCUUUUCUGUUUUUUCAUUGUCUGUGUAACUUGUAAGAAGAGCUGUCAGGAUGCAACAAAGGUUUCUGAAACCCUGGAGCAUGCUUAAAAUGAAAAGAAAAGAUUGCCUCUUUGGUAUUGAUAAAGAGUUUGUUAUCAUAUCAUAACUUAAUGCUUAUUUUUGGGGGCAGCUUAUGCUCAAUGGUGCAGUUGGUUAUUAGAAAAUAAGAAGUUUGGAGGUUUUCUCUUGUAUGUUUGUUGUUCAAAUGCUUCAGAUCCUUGAACUAGACAUCUAACCCCAAACUGUCCCGAGAGCUAAGCCAAUGUGGUUUGUUUGAGGCUUCCGAAAGACUGAUAGGUCCUUCAUAUUAUGUCAAAUUACCAGGCGCUCCAAUCAGACUGGGAGGUCAAGGGUCUACUCCAUGCUCUGGAGGGGUGGAAAUCUUUUCUGGCAGUGAAUGGGGAACGGUCUGUGAUGAUAAUUGGGACAUGAAUGAUGCUCAAGUGGUCUGCAGGCAACUGAAGUGUGGGACAGCUGUGGAGGCUACUCGGAGUGCCCAUUUUGGACAAGGAAGUGGACCAAUUUUUCUGGAUGAUGUGGCAUGUUCAGGAAGUGAAGGAGGCUUGAGUUUUUGCCGGCAUGCAGGAUUUGGGACAAAUAACUGUGGACAUAGUAAGGAUGCUGGUGUGGUCUGCUCAGGUAAGAAUUCCAAUCUUAAUGUCAAUCAGCUUUUCUGUUUUUUCAUUGUCUGUGUAACUUGUAAGGAGAGCUGUCAGAAUGCAACAAAGGUCACUGCAACACUGUAGCAUGCUUUGAAUAAAAAGAAAAGCUCACUUUUUAGACACUGUAAAAGAGUGUGUUAACAUAUCAUAACUUAAUGUGUGUUUGUGUGUGGGGCAGCUUAGGCUCAGCGGUAGAGUUGGUUAUUGGGAAAUUAGAAGUUUGGAGGUUUCCUCAUGCAUGUUUGUUGUUCAAAUGCUACAGAUCCUUGAACUAGACAUCUAACCCCAAACCGUCUCGAGAGCUAAGCCAAUGUGGUUUGUUUGAGGCUUCCUAAAUAUGGGUCCUUCAUAUUAUGUCAAAUUACCAGGUGCUCCAAUCAGACUGGGAGGCCAAGGGUCUACUCCAUGCUCUGGAAGGGUUGAAAUCUUCUCUGGCAGUGAAUGGGGAACAGUCUGUCAUGACAACUGGGACACGAAUGAUGCUCAGGUGGUCUGCAGGCAACUGAACUGUGGGACAGCUGUGAAUGCUCCUCGGAGUGCCCAUUUUGGAGAAGGAAGUGGACCAAUUUUUCUGGAUGAUGUGGCAUGUUCAGGAAGUGAAGGAGGCUUGAGUUUUUGCCGGCAUGCAGGAUUUGGGACACAUAACUGUGGACAUAGUAAGGAUGCUAGUGUGGUCUGCUCAGGUAAGAAUUCCAAUCUUGAUAUUCAUCAGUGGCGCUGUAUCUCAUUGUCUGUGUAACUUUUAAGAAGACCUGUCAGGGUACAACAAAGGUCACCACAAGCCUUUAGCUUGCUUUGAAUAAAAAGAAAAGCUCACUUUUUAGAUGUUGUUAAAAAGUGUGUUAACAUAUCAUAACUUAAUGUUUGUUUGUGUGCAGGGCAGCUUAGGCUCAGUGGUAGAGUUGGUUAUUGGAAAAUUAGAAGUUUGGAGGUUUCCUCAUGCAUGUUUGUUGUUCAAAUGCUACAGAUCCUUGAACUAGACAUCUAACCCCAAACCGUCUCGAGAGCUAAGCCAAUGUGGUUUGUUUGAGGCUUCCUAAAUACUGAUGGGUCCUUCAUAUUAUGUCAAAUUACCAGGUGCUCCAAUCAGACUGGGAGGCCAAGGGUCUACUCCGUGCUCUGGAAGGGUUGAAAUCUUCUCUGGCAGUGAAUGGGGAACAGUCUGUCAUGACAACUGGGACAUGAAUGAUGCUCAGGUGGUCUGCAGGCAACUGAACUGUGGGACAGCUGUGAAUGCUCCUCGGAGUGCCCAUUUUGGACAAGGAAGUGGACCAAUUUUUCUGGAUGAUGUGGCAUGUUCAGGAAGUGAAGGAGGCUUGAGUUUUUGCCGGCAUGCAGUAUUUGGGACAAAUAACUGUGGACAUAGUAAGGAUGCUGGUGUGGUCUGUUCAGGUAAGAAUUCCAAUCUUGAUAUUCAUCAGUGGCCCCUUUUUUCAUUGUCUGUGUAACUUGUAAGAAGACCUGUCAGGGUACAACAAAGGUCACCACAAGCCUUUAGCUUGCUUUGAAUAAAAAGAAAAGCUCACCUCUUAGAUACUGAUAAAGAGUGUGUUCACAUAUCAUAACUUUAUGCUUAUUUGUGGGGGCAGCUUGGGCUCAGUGGUAGAGCUGGUUAUUGGGAAAUCAGAAGUUUGGAGGUUUCCUCUAGGGAUGUGAAUCUCAGCACUGAGGACGAUUCGAUACGCAUCUCGAUGCACUGCCAGCGAUACGAUACUUUAACGAUACAUGGAAUUUUCUGGCGAUACGAUGCGAUACGAUUCACCCUCUUCACGAUGCGAUACGAUACAAUAAUCAUUUAGUUCAAAUCAAUGCGAACCGAUACGAUAUGAUGCAAUUUGUUGCGAUAUGAUGCAAUUCAACAUGAUGCAAAUAAGCAAAGAAAAAAAAAGAAAUAAAAAUAAAAGAUGGAAUUCAGUAUGGUACUACAAAAAGGAUUUGGCUUUAUUCCUUAAAGGCACUUAGCAGUUAAUUCAACAAAAGUGCUUUUUGUCUUUUUUCUAUGCUCCUUCAUUUUGUACAGUUACACAGAUUAGACAGACCUCCUGCAACUGUUAAGGAAUCUGAAUCAAUAAAAUCAAAAAAAAAAAAAAAAAAAAAAAGGAUUCCAACCCCAACCCUACAUCACACAAGUGCUCUAUACUUGUUGGGUAAUAUUACAGUACACAUUAUUAAACAACUAAUGCACUGCCUAACAUGGUGCAAAUAAACCAUUCAAUGGCCAUACUACUGUCUGCCAAACCAAUGUGCUAGAGUUGACUUUCUAACUGGCCACAAAAUCAGUGAUUUGAGUGAGUUCUGCAAUAAUAAAAGAGUAAAACAAUUACACAAUAAUUACUUCUGUAAAAAGUACAGUAAACAGCAACAACAAAACACUCUCAAUGAGUAACCUAAAGUGACACUUUCAUCAGUGCAAUCAAUGUUAAGGGAGGGGAGGUGGCGUUAGACUUGUCGGUGAUGUGGUGUUCUCUUUUUAAGUGGGUCUGCAUGUUUGUCGUGCCGCCGUUGUACGGCUUCUUAACGCGGCAUUCUUUGCAAAUGACGGACGUUUUGUCGAGCUUUCCGUCUUUCUUUGCAAAUCCGUAGUGUUUCCAAACAUAUGAUUUAAACGUAGCGGGUGCAUUACAUAUAAACUCUUUCUCGCUGCUGCUCACUUGAAUGUGGUCCAUGCUGUUUUAGUAGUAGUGCAUUGUAUGUCCCUCACGGCUUCCGUCCGUAUUCAAUACAAAACGUGAAAAAAUGAUGGUGCAUUCAAUGCGCCUGGGAAACAGCAGAUUGGGUGAAGUUUAACAUGAAUAAAACGGCGCUUGCAUCGGAUUUUACCAAUACCCACAAACGCAUCUAGAUGAAUCUAGAUUUAACCCGUCAAUUGCAUCGAUACCCAGUGAAUGAGCCGACGCAGUCGCAUCGCGCACAUGCGCAUCGAUGCAUCGAUUGAUAUCGAUUAUUUUCCACACCCUUAGUUUCCUCAUGCAUGUUUGUUGUUCAAAUGCUACAAAUCCUUGAACUAGACAUCCAACCCCAAACUGUCCUGAGUGCUGAGCCAGAAGUUUGUUUGAGGUUUCCUUAAUACUAAUAGGACUUUAAUAUUAUUUUAAAUUAUCAGGUGCUCCAAUCAGACUGGGAGGCCAAGGGUCUACUCCAUGUUCUGGAAGGGUGGAAAUCUUCUCUGGCAGUGAAUGGGGAACAGUCUGUGAUGACAACUGGGACAUUAAUGACGCUCAGGUGGUCUGCAGGCAACUGAAGUGUGGGACAGCUUUGAAGGCUCCUCGGAGUGCCCAUUUCGGACAAGGAAGUGGACAAAUAUUUUUGGAUGAUGUGACAUGUUCAGGAAGUGAAGGAGGCUUGAGUUUUUGCCGGCAUGCAGGAUUUGGUACACAUAACUGUGGACAUAGUAAGGAUGCUGGUGUGGUCUGCUCAGGUAAGAAUUCCAAUCUUAAUGUCAAUCAGCUUUUCUGUUUUUCUUAUUGUCUGUGUAACUUGUAAGGAGAGCUGUCAGGAUGCAACAAAGGUCACUGCAAUGCUGUAGCAUGCUUUAAAUGAAAAGAAAAGCUUGCCUCUUAGAUACUCAUAAAGAGUGUGUUCACAAACGAAACUUUGUUUUUGUUUGUGAGGCAGCUAAGGCUCAUUGGUAGAUUUGGUUUUUGAAAAAUUAGAGGUUUGGAGGCUUUGUAUGUUUGUUGUUUAAAUGCUGCAGUGUCCUUGAACUAGACAUCUAACCCCAAACUGUCCUGAUUGCUGAACCAGCGGUUUGUUUGAGGUUUCCAAAUUACUGAUAGGUCCUUCAUGUCAUGUUUUAUUCCCAGGUGCUCCAAUCAGAGUCAGUGGUCUUGAGCCUUCUAGGUGCUCUGGAAGGGUUGAAAUCUUUUCUGGCAGUGAAUGGGGAACAGUCUGUCAUGACAACUGGGACAUGAAUGAUGCUCAGGUGGUCUGCAGACAACUGAAGUGUGGGACAGCUUUGAAGGCUACUCUGGGUGCUAGUUUCGGACAAGGAAGUGGACCAAUUUUUCUAGAUGAUGUGGCAUGUUCAGGAAGUGAAGGAAGUCUGAGUUUUUGUCGGCAUGCAGGUUUUGGGACUCAUUACUGUGGACAUAGUAAGGAUGCUGGUGUGGUCUGCUCAGGUAAGCCAUGUUUAUGAUUGCUUAUGUGAUUAUUUUCACAUAGAAACCAUAGUAAAAAAAAUAUUUUUUUGACAAAAGCUGGUCUAGGCUUUACUCUAUUUACAGAGACCCAACACAAAGAUGUGAGCCUACUCUUGUAAGGACAAAUCCAGUGUAAGACUUGACCAGACUCAUGAUGUUUCAAAACAGUCAUCUGGUGCUUUUGCUGCAUUGGGUUAAAGGAGGGGAUAGAGGGAGAGGCAGAAAGUAGAGAGAGGUGGAUGUGUGAUAUUACAGCUUUUUCAUAAACUACUGUGCUUUGGUUUUAUAUUUACAGUGAGCCUCCCAAAACCAAGCAUUUCUAUGAUACCUGUUGGUGAGAUGUCCUGGGGUCAGGAGGUCAACAUCAUUUGUUCUAUCACAACUGAUCUGUUGGGUGGCACAUUUAUUCUCAAGAAAACCUCAAGCUCUCUCAAAAUCACUCAAACAUCAAAUACUAACCCUUCCACCUUCAGCAUCACUUCAGUGGACUUUGAUGAUGAGGGGUCCUAUCAAUGCCAGUAUGAGAAAACCAUUUUAAGUCAAUCUUACAGCUCUGCCUUAAGUGACCCUGUCACAGUCUCCAUUACAGGUAAGGAUGAAAAAUCAAAUCAGAUCAGCUGCAAAACUUGAUUUGAGUAUUUAAAUCAACAACUGUAAAGCUGAAAGGAGUGGUUCCAUCCAAAAUAUGGCCUCUAAAUAUCACUUUGUAUUACUAUGUCUACACACUGUAUUUAAAUAUAAAUUUUAAAAACACAAGUGUAUUUCAAUAUUAUGUUUCAGUUACACUGCAGCAGCCAACCAUCUUCUUAACCUCUCCGAAUGGAGGGCUGAUCUGGAGUCCUGAAGGGGCAGAGGUCAUCAGAGGUUACACCUUCUUCUUUGUCUGCUCCAUAAACUGCAGUUACCCUGAAGGACAGUUCUUUCUUAUGUCAUCCAGCUCCAACAUCACUCUCACCAAGCCAGCAGUCAACCACUCUGCCUCCUUUGAAUUCCCUGUGGCAGAUUACCAACACAUAGGCAACUACAGCUGUGUGUAUGAGCUGGAACUGUCCACACAAAGAUUUAAUUCUACUGAGUCAGCUCUACUCCAGGUUAUAAUCAAACGUAAGUAGACUGAACUACGGACAAAAACUCUUUAAACUGUUCAUAGGGUUGAGGAAAAAAGGCAGAUUUGGCUGGAAUGGAACUAUAUUAUAUAAGGAUAACAUUAUUGUUUUUUCCCUUUAGCGUCUCUGGUACCAUUGGUGUCCUUGUCCGCUGCUGGGACUUUGCUGUUGCUGUUGUUAAUGGGGUUCAUGGUGGUCUGCAUAAUUUGCAAAAGGAGUCAGCAAGCCAAGCAGCCUGAAACCCUGGACCAAACCCAAUGUACUUACCACGAUAACAAUGUAAAAUACACAGCUCCUCUUAAGAUCUUUCAUAAAUACUCACAUGUUGUCCUUAUACUUCUGUUUUAGUGGCUGUAAGAGCGGUGAAUUGCUACAACGAUGAAGAGGACUUUGAGUAUGAGAAUCUUGAUUUUGUCAGAAUUAAGAAGAACGUCAAAGCAGAAACAAAAGAUGGGGAUGAAGACUGUGAAUAUGAGGUACCAGAGGGAUGUCGUGAUCAAAGAUAUGAUAAUCUAAGGAAGGCCAAGGUCUUUUCCCAAGCAGCUGAAAACAAAAAAGAGGAACGAGACAAAGAAGAAACCAGCGAUGAAGAAGAUGACUAUAAAAAUUUCAAAAGGCCAUUUACUGGGUCAGCUGAUGACAUUCAUGAAGACAACAUUUACCAGAACUUCACAGAUGGGCUCUUCUCAACUGCUGCUGGUCACACUUGA